AGCUUUUCAUCGCAAAGAUAAUCCAGCACGUAAGAUGGGUUUUGGUCGUGAAGAUGGCGACAUUUUGUAGUCGUAAAACGCUUAGGGCUUCUGUAUUUUCAAUGAUAGGGACCUGAAAUAUUGCUCAGUUAUUCUGGAAGGUCAUAAUGCCCGUGGAAGGGACAAAUCCGCUCAUAAACGCCAGAGAUAGGCUAUUCCGCGCCCUGUUCUUUAAAAUGGCGCUCAUGUAUGCUCGCUCUUUUCCUCCUCCAGUUCGUCUUCUUCUCGAGAUGGGAGUUCUCAUGAAGGUGCGUUAAUAUAUUUGUUUGUAAAUCCGGAUGUUCAAGAGAAAUGUUUACGUGUGCACAGCUGUUUUGAAAGUAGUUAAAACAAAAUUUUGUGACAUAAUCAGCCAGCACUUGGAAACAGCAGAAUCGCAGGACACAUCUGUAGCUCAUUAAUACCUAGCCUCACAUUAGAAUCGCGACGAAGCGUGAAGUGUAAAAGCCUGUAAUGGCCACAUUACAAACCAAUAUAGUACCUUGCAUGAUUUCUGAAUGUUAAAAUUAGAAUAAUCAUGCGAACGAUGGCCUGUACCUUCGCAAAUCUGUCGCAAAUGUAGCCGUUACUUGGUGCUUUAUGGUAUGAAAAAAUAUCUGGUGUUCAAUAUCCUACUUUUUCGUGACUUUCAAGUUUGAAUUUUGAGCAAAAAUUAUUCUCAGAGUAUUUAAAGUCGAUUGUAAUUAUUUCGGUUGUUGAAUUAUUUUAUAUGCAGCCUUUCAUAGUUUUAUAUUGUUGUAUUCGUGUACAACUGGGUCAACCUUUUGCAUGUGCCUAGAAAACGUUACUGUUACUAGCACCAUGUUCAUUUUGGAACAGUACUGUACUCUGGGAUAUAUGGUUAUUUCCCAGCUUUGGGACUUAUCAGUGUUGCUCAUAAAAGUUAAGUUACAGCUUGUUCACCGUUUUGCUACCAUUUGUGCCAAAUAUUUUGAUACUAUAUUUCGUGUAAAGAUUGAAAUGUGGUUUUGUUGUAUUUUUUUUGUUGGGAUCAGCUAGUACAAGGUGGUUAAUAUUUCAUAUAUUUUAAGCCCCUUUGUAAACCAGUCAUGCACUCAGUUUAAAAGUGGAUUUCAAGAAUUGUCUCACGUCUCAGGGCUUUAACUAAAGGGGUAGUAAACCUCAUACGUAAAAACAAACGACUGUGAAAAAUAUUUGAUCUUAAUUGUGUGCGAUCGUAGUCUGAUUAAUUUCCAAAGAAACUGUGGUAUUGUGUCAGUGGAAGAGUGAAAUGUAAAGAUUUGUUUUUGUUAACUGAGUUGAUAGGGCAGAUUGGCCGCUGUAGGGUGAUAGAGAACCUGAUGUUUGAAGUGCUAGCUCUUUGGGAACAUUUCCAGUUAAAAAAAUUACUUCUGAUGUAAAAAAAUGCCCCAAAAUAUCAGUGGUUUUUAAAAUUUAAAAACGGCUAUAGAGAUGUACAACUAGUACAUGUACAGUAUUUGUGUACUUACUUUCAUAGACGAGUCAUAGUGUUAACUUGUCCAUACGAUACUUUUACCCUAACUGGCCUCGGUAAUAAUCAUAAUUAAGGUUUUCAUGGUUAUAUUACAGUUUGACAGUAGAAAUGUUUAUUCAUGUUUUCUUUUUUUCUUUUUUUUUCCAGGCGAUGACUUGUUUUGUGAUAUUAGCGUACAUACACAAUGCAUUUUCAAGGACUCCUAUUAACUGCUUGGAUCAUGUGAAGGAUCAAUGGCCAAGAGAUGGAGUCCUUAGAGUAGUUAUUUCACGAAGUGCUGCCAUGAGCAGAUUAUCAGAAAACGACACAACAAGAACUAAUGCUUCUAACAGCAAUAUUUCAGAACCUUUGCAUGUAAAUAUUAGUCAAUUAGGAGCUGAUGUUAUAUCAGAUCAAGAGAAUUCGUCUUCUGUGAAAGAUGUUUACAGUCAUUUGUCAGAUGGUAAGCCACAAAAGAAUCCUCUUCCAGUUAGAGACACUGUUGUACCUAGUGCCUUUGAACUGCUGGCACCGAUCAAAGUAGAAGGUAGGUCAUAAACCACUUACAUGUACUUGUCCUUUUGUUCCCCUGCCUCAAUUAGCUUGAACUAACUGCAGGUUGGGUGAAAUAUUUCCUUUUUACUUGUAAAUGCCCAAAGGACAUUUCACAAGUUACCGUGUAGCAUGAAAAUUUUGCGGGAGUUUUAUUUUGCGGAUUGGCGAGUUUUUGUGGUUUGCGGGAACAAAUUUUUGCGGUGUGAGAUGACUGAAAUUUCUGGUGGGAACUAAUUUUUGCGAUUCUCUGUUCAAGUAGCAGAAUAUUUAAGUGGAAGAAACCUUAAUAUGGUAUUUUCAACUUUUAUUUUACGCUAUGUUGAGUCAAAGUUCACUCUACUUACAUAUUUAAUGGAAAAUAAUAUGGUAAUCACUGUAUUAUCUUACUGCACAAAGGGACUGAUCAACAGCAAAACAAAACAAAAGCCUAUCCCUACCAUACACAACAAGUCCAUUAAAAACAGAGUUUUUAAUUUGACUGAAGGGAGUUAAUUUUUGCGGCGUUUUAUUUUGCGCGUUUUUUUCUGUGGGAACUAAUUUUUGCGCAUCCAGGUCAAUCCGCAAAAUUCGCAAAAAUUAGAACCUGCAAAGUUUUCAUGGUACACGGUAUUUGCAAUUCUUCUCUGGCAGAUGAUUGUCUGCAGGGGAGGGAUUAAUAAGACAUGUAAUAUAAAAUUACUCCUAAUGUUGCUUUGUGUAGGGGAAUCAAAGGAAGAGUAUGCUGUAGAGUAUGCUUUGGAAUAUGGCUUCUUGCGGCUGUCACCGGAAUCCAGGAAGAAACUUGGCAUUCCCGUGUUGCUUGUGGAACUGGGUAAGUUCUUUAUCUGUAGAUUAUUGUGACAGGUCUUUGAAUGUGUUAGUGUAGGACUGUGUUCUAGUAGUGCCUGAUGACCACCUGAUCACCUACCCCUGACAACCAACCCCUCCCCAAGGUCAACAUUAACACUUACUUCUCACUUAGGGAAAAACUGUGACUUAGGGAAGGGGUAGGUGGUCAGUUAACCAGAAACCUCAAGUGAUCUGUGGUGCCUGUUAGCCCCAAAGAAAAAAUCCCCAAAGACACAAAAUAAUUCAUGGCACGUGUCCUGUAGGGCAUAAAGAUCAAUCAGUCGAUCUGAACAUGUGUAUUUGUAGAAAUACAUGUAUCCAGUCCAUUUGUGUAACUUCUGUGGCAGUUAUACUGUAUUAUGGCUGUUGUUUACCGAUAUAUAUUUCUUUUAGCCUUUGUUGUGCUUUAAAAUAGAAGGAUUAUGUUUUAAUAUUUCAGUAUUCUGUAAUACAGAGUUGUGCAGUCUGUCUUCAGAGUAACUGUCUGGUUACAUAAAGGCCCAAUCAUUUUCAAUUUUGGACUUGUUUUUUUUUUAGCGGAGGUUCAUUGGUUCUGGACUGGGAAUCAUGAUUUUUCACAAGAUGAGUCCCAGGACUGAACAUAACUAUUUGUAACAACAUCACUGUUGUUACAUCUACUUCAGUGUUAUCCUGGUCGAAUUGGAAUUUGGAAGGGUUGGUUUUUGAUGAGAGGGGAAAACUGGAGCUACCUGGAGAAAAAUUUCUCCGGGCAAAGGAGAGAACCAACAACAAACUCUACCCACAUAUGGCUCGAUACUGGGAUUUGAACCCGGGCCACAUUGGUGGGAGGCAAGUGCUCUCACCACUGUGCCUCUACCAUAGAUCUGCCACUGUCUAAGGAGGCUGUUUUUGUUUAGACCUGUUGUGGAUCAAGCCUUUCUUGGGGGCAGCAGGGAAAGUGAUGGUUUUCCCUAGACUCUCCACCCUGAGUCUGCCUGCCACUGUGUAAUCAUCCAAACUGUUUCUGUUUAGACCCUGCUGUGGAGCAGUGUUUUGGCGAUGCUUUAAGCCGGUUUUUGUUGGAUGAGUUCCUUGGGUAUGAUGAUGUACUAAUGUCAAGUGUCAAGAGACUGGCUGAAUACGAGGAUAAUAAAGGUACGUUGUGUAUUGAAUGUAAUGUUUUGAAUAGGUCACUGGGGAGACUGAUGUUACUUAAUUGGUUCUAUUAUUUUUUUGUUACAAGCUGUUUUAGACUAAUAAUAUUUUAGUGUGCCUUUUCUCUAAAAAUCUAUUGGGGUCUUUUCACAGUGAACAUUUUGGGAAACAAAGGUCUGUCACUGAGUAGUUGGUUAGUGGUUUUGUUGAUUAGUGAGUUUGAGCUUGCAGGGCUCUGCACCACUGACAACUGGUGACUUCCUUUUGUAAAAGCUGAGUUUUGCAUUAAACCUAAAUACCCGGGGGGGGGGCACUCCCAUACAUUACCUAUACGGGUAUGUGCUGCCCAACGGGGUCGUGAUUUUGAAGCUCCUGGUUUAGAACGGGGUAUCCAUUUCAGAGGCGAUUUCUAGAAAGGGGUAUAAUAUUUCGAACGCACGAAAGUUCCACUUUUGUAAGCAGCCAUUUGAAAUUAUUCAAGGACAGAUUGCUUUUAAAAAUACGGUUCAAUUCGUUAACAAGCAAACUGUUAUACUCUUGUUGCACCCUGGAACGGAGUAUAAAAAAUUGGCCCAUUUCUAGAACGGGUAUCAGUUUUAAAGCGAAUUCUAAAACGGGGUAUAAAAAAUUGGCCCAUUUCUAGAACGGGGUAUCAAUUUCAGGAGAAAUUUUUUUUAGAACGGGGUGCCAAUUUGUAGUCCCGGGUGGCACAUACCCACCCGAAAAAUACCCAAGUGCCCCCCCCGGGCCUAAAUAUGCUGCUGAAGUCCUUGGUUUUUAAGGAUUCGAAGCUGUAGAGUGCCUUUUAGAUAUGAUUUUCCCCAGACUUCAGCCUUUAACCAUGACUUCAGCCCUUUACGAGACGUACUUUCCCAUCACUUGUGAUUUAUCCAUCAGGUUCAACAGUAUCAUACAUGUUUUUUUGCAGGUUAUUUGCGUAAUGUUGUCACUGGAGAUCACUUUAGGUUUGUUAGCAUGUGGAUGGCUCGAACUUCAUACCUUGUGGCCUUAGUUCUCAUGUUCAUUUUUGUAAGUUUUUUCUUUUGUGAAACGUUAUGAACAAGGAGUUAUUUUUUACUUGUAUGUGUGUGGCUCAAUUUAGUCCUUGUUUUAAAUCUUAUUUUCUAUUGUUUUCAAUAUCACCGUACCCAAGAACAAUUAUUGGACAAUGAAAAUUUAAACCAAGGAUAAAAUUAAUUUGAACGACAGCUGCACUGUAUAACAUACAUUAAUAUGCAGCCUUUCUGAUUCUUUUCAAGGGUUUAUUUUCAUUACUUUGUAAAACGUGGUUAGUUUUAUUAAAGGAUGCAGCUUUGUUGGUUUCUACAACUUGAAAUAUUUUUCUGCAUGACAUUUACUUGCCAAAUGGGAAGAUGCUUUGUGAAAUUGAAAUUAUGAUUGACAUAGACGUUGACAUGGUACAGUAGUACAGAUGUGUUAUUGCUAUAGCCCAACACAAGAGACCGGUAACCUGAAAGGCAGGCUGAAUAUAGAUAACUUUUUAGUGAGUACCACUCACGUGUUACAUUGUUUUAUUUUUCAGACUAUUUCAAUAUCAAUGCUUUUGAGGUAUUGUCAUCACCAGAUCUUUGUGUUUAUUGGUAAGUCUAAGCUAUUUUUUGUUAAGGCUGUCCCUAAAUGUUAUAGUUACAUUGUAAUACUGGUAGUAAUUUCAAAUAAGGAGUGCAUCCAACAGGGAAGUGUGGUGGAGCAAGGGGAGUGCGAAUGACCCGUUAACCUCAAGGAAGGGCAGAAAAGAGAAAGCCCCUGAAAAAAACUGUGUCACAGGGACACCUAAUAGGGAGUUUAAAAUACUAGGACGGCUAUGGCAGCGAAGAUGUCGCUUAGAAUUUGAAUUUGUGUUCUUUCAAUCGUCAUCACGGUUAUUCCAACUGGCCUACUUUGUCAAAUGCAAGCAAAGUCUCUUGGAGUUAAAUUCCUAUGAAUUAUUUCCAAGUUCAGAAAAAGAAAGAUAAUUUCGUUGUUGCUGGUUCAUGUCCCUAUAAAAUGUGAUGUGAAAGUACAUUUUAGGUAUUUUCAAGUCAUAUUCAUGCAGUAAUGGCAGUGAAAUGUCCAAAAAAGUGUACAGCACGUGCAGAGUUUUUGUUUUGCCUAUUCAGCUUACUGCUUUUUUGACGUUCUCGUUUUCAUCAUCUUUGUGGCAUCUUAAACUCCCUAACAUUAAAGAGGUGUUACAUGGAAAAGUUGCAUGAGUGAUUCAAUUGGGGCUGCACCUUCCUCUGCACCAUUUAAUGCUAGAGCUUCUUUUUAUUUGAGUUGCAGUUACACCGUGUUAACGAAGUGUUAUUUCUUUUUGUCAGUAAACCUACUUCAAAUGUUGGAUCUGAAUGUGACAAUAGCCUUUCCAGCAGCUCCACUUUUUACAGUGAUCUUGUCUCUUGUGGGUAAGUUUAUUUGUUUGAAUUGGAUUUAAAAUUAGGCAAUAACACUUGGAAAUCCCCAGUUUUAGUAAAGGUAAAAAUACCUUCUUAGUUAAUGGCCAUUAUAAGCAUCUUCAGAACUUGAUCUGGAAAAGAGUUUACAAGUUGGUGGCCUAAGAAAUUGAUUAUGAAUUUAUAAAAGAAAACAAAAUGGUUAGGUAAUUUUCUGAAUUGUUCUGAAAUGGGAAGAAAUGCUAUUAAAACUGAUCAGAUGAGUUUUACAUCAAUAAAUUAUACAUGUCUGUGUGGACAAUUUUUUGUUCAAAAUAAAUAAUGCUCAGUGCUUGCCAAAGUCUCAAGGCCAGGCUUCUCAAAAUAAUUAAAAUUAUAAAAACUUGCUAGUUGAGUUUUUUUGCCUAAUGCUUUGUGUGUGUUUGCUUAUUGAUUUUUACUCUUUUUUCAACAGGAAUGGAAGCUAUUAUGUCAGAAUUCUUUAAUGACACCACAACAAGCUUUUAUAUCAUUCUUAUUGUAUGGACAGCUGAUCAGUAUGAUGCUAUUUGCUGUCACACACAACAGAGUAAAAAGUUUUGGCUCAGGUUUGGGAAAAUGCAUACAUUUAUCUGCUAAAUUUUAGAACUAUCCAUUUAAAGCUUCCCUGUAUUUUUGGGCAAAAUCCAAGGUUAAACCUUAAAGAUAUUUCAUCUGAGGUCGGUGACAAAUAGUUGAGACACUUUUGAACGUUAUGCUUUGACUUCAAAAGAGGAAAAUUACUCCCCUACUCCGUCCAAGUAAUUUAAGUAAGGGAGCAGCAGCACAAAGCUGUUUGAGCUAUCUUUAAGGGAUAUAGAAUGUUUCUUCGAAAAACGUGGUUCUGUGAAGAUUUUGGCCUGAUCCUGAAAUCUUGGAAGCGUUUGUGAUUGGUCUCGAAGUCUCAUUUUCGGGUUAUUUUCCAAAAGUCUCUAAUUAGUUUAUGUCUUGGUCAUGAAUUCUCAAAUCCGGGUCCCGCAAAGUCUCGUAUUUACCAUUUUAUACGCCUUCUGUAGGAAAUAACAUGUGCUCCAGUUUUGAAUGGAGGGGAGGAUGGAGGGUUGAAGAUUGAAUAUUAUAAUGUCCUUUGUUUCCCAAUUUACCUAUGUAGCAAUCCACUAUUUUCUGGUAAAUGUACAUUUGGAAGCGGGGUGUUGCUUCUUGAAUUUAUAUAUUUUUCUUUCUGAGUUGGAGUAAGAAGGGAGUCCAUACGCAUAUCUAAAGACUUGCCCAGCUGUGAUCUAGUUCUGUCUAUUUACACUGAAUCAUGUAGGAUCCUUACUUUUUCUUCUGGGCUAAUGAGGCAAAGCUGUGAUUGAGAACUAAUGAUCCACCUAUGACAACAAUGUUUUGAUGCAUUUUUUGACUGCUUUUCACAGGUUUUUCUACUUGUAUCACUUUGCAUUUUAUGCGUAUCAUUAUCGCUUCAAUGGACAAUACAGUGGACUUGCAUUGGUGACUUCAUGGCUAUUUAUACAGGUAUUUGAAUCAUUUACAUAUAUUUGUUGUGAAAAUAAAGGUAGUUGUGGAAAGGUUAGUGGAGUCCCAACUUUUGGUUCUAUUGUAAACUUUACCAUGUGUUUCAACAGGUGUUAUGUCACUGAACACCAAGGAAAAUGUUGAGCAAAAAUUAAGGAGAAUCACUAAAAUAAUAAUGUCAUGCUCUGUGCUCUGCCCUUGUGCUUUGCUCUUGCACUCCGCUGCUUUAACAAGACCUAAACUUCCAUUCUACAUAAUUAUGCUUUAAUAAUUUACAGAUUUAACUUGCUUUCGACCACCUUACCUUUUCAACAGCAUUCCAUGUUGUUCUUCUUCCAUCAUUAUGAGUUACCAGUGAUCCUGAGUCAUCAGACUGAUCCAGAAGAAGACCUGUUAGCAGAUCCUAUUGCUGCACUCACAGAUGAGGUGAAUGUUCCUCCAGUUGAUGAACAUCCAAACCAGCAACCUGCAGCUCAUGAGAACAUUCCUCAACUCGAUGUUCCUUUCAAUGGUGGUAAGUAGAUGCUACUUAACUGUGCUAACACAUCAGGAGAAACCACAGGAGAAGGUGCAUACAGUGGAAGCCCCAGCUUAAAUUUUUAAUUAAGUUGUUUACUUCAACUGGACGUUGAAUGUGAGUUGUUGAAGCGUACCGUGUAGUAAUGUAGUGUUGUAGGCCAGCCUGUGGUGUUUAUCCACCACAUUUAUGUAUUCCUAGUUAUCCUAGUUAUCAGCGUUUACAUGUGAUGUUUUGACUUCGCUAAAUACAUGAAGGCCUUGGUCUUGAGAUUUCCCUGUAAUGCCCUCACACUCAGUGAAAAAGUGGCAUGUAAAGUCCUUGAAAGUUCAAAGAAGGGUCUUGGGAAUUUCUCAUUUUUGGCUUGAAGUAGUGUACAAAGCCUGAAUUUAACACUCUUUAAUAAUAUUAAUCUGCAACAAAUUUUUGGUUCCACAACCAUUUUUUCUUUACAGAUGAUGAAGGACAACAGCUGAUCUUUGGAAGUAACACAAGAGAGAGUAUCCAUUUAUCCACAGAGGAAGGUGAGCUGAGAUCUUGAAUUCAUUGCACCUGUAUAUGCAUGCUUUUUAUUCUAUCACUCUUUCACAAAUAUUUUUCUUGAGGCCUUAGUUGAUGCGAGGGAACAUACAGCUGUAGGCCACCACCAUAUCAAGAGUUCUCCCUUUUCCUUUCUCUUGGAAGAGAGAAACAAAGCCAACUUCUUUUACCAUGACCAAUUAAUAUUGUUGAAAUACUAGAGUAAUAAGCUAUAAUAAUAGUGACCCCCAGCCACCCCACCCCUUUUUUUGUCAUUGUUCUGCAGGUUAUAGACAAUCAAUGUUGCGAGAUUUAGGACAAAAGGUUCAAUUUUUUAACAAAGAUCUCUUAAUACACAGAUGGAAGAGUUAGCAUUGGAACAUCAUUGAGAAGACGGCGGGGACCCCGCUCAAAUGAGACCCAGUCCGAAUAUGAGGAACACAACAGCAGUUAUUUCCUGCCCAGUCAUGCUAACACUGAAAGUGAAUUAGAGAGGUUUGGAGGCACAACCACAGGGUAUCGCCCCUGGCAACAGGCUUCUGAUAGCUCAGUUGUAGAACAAGGUUCUGGUCAAAACCAUUAACCAUCACUUUAUCGUAUUGCUUGGGUAAGUCUGCUUCACAGCUGCACUCAUGUUUGUACUGAAUGAACUAGAAAGUGUCCAUUUGAGCUUCUCCAUUCACUCUAUGUCCACUGCAUGCCUUCAUUUGCUAGUACAGUGGAACCUUAAUAUAACGAACCUCUAUACAACAAAGUCUUCGGUGUAACGAAUUAUUUCCUUUACCCCAGCAAUAGUAAAAUAUAUGGACAAGAAUCUUGAUAUAAUGAAACCUUGCUAUAGCGAACAAAUUUUGUUAGUCCCUUGGCCCUUUGUUAUAUCGAGGUUCCACUGUAAAUGUUUUGACAAUAUUACCAGUAUACAUGUGUUUGCGUUAUUGACCAAGCAUGUGGUCAGGAUAACUGUAUGUUGGCCAAGUCCUUUUAAGUAUUUGUUAAGGACCAAGACUAGUUAUUACUUAGCGCUACCCACCUUUUGAAUUGGGGCCUGGGCCCAGUUGUUCAAAAGGUGGAUAGGGCUAUCCGAUGGAUAAAUCACUAUCCAGUGGAUGGUGCAAUCGGUUUUUGUAAUACUUGUCCACUGGAUAGUGAUUUAUCCAGUGGAUAGCACUAUCCAACUUUUGAACAACCGGGGCCUGGUUGUUAACAUGUCUGAGUGCUUGCUUCGUAUACAUGUACAUAAUAUUUUUUCGCUCUUUGACCCAAGGUGUCCAACAAUGAACCUGUGUGUCACACAAGAUGUCUAUCAAUUGGGUCCUUUUUUGCUGAGGGAAAUUUUGUACAGCCUGUUGUUGGACUGGGUUCAAAUUUGGAUGAGGAAGUUAUACCAUGAUAUACAUGUAAUGAACACACAGCUGGCUAUUUAUGAUGCGGAUAGCAGAUGUUGAUAAAUGCAGAUAGAAACUGUCUUGGAUACAAAAGGUCCACCCUGAUGUGAUUAUCAUGCAGAUGGCAAAUGGAAAAUGUUGAUUUUCUUCAGCCUCUUCUUUAUACUCGGAUAACAUACUUCAACCCUGAUUUUAUAGACACAUCACACAAACUGGCUAUUUUGUAUGCAGAUGGCAAACUUUGCUGCAUUUAGUGUUGAUAAUGUUCAAUGCCUAGCUUGAGAGGGUGACUGCAGCUGUACAAGUAUAUGAAAGCAUCCUUGGUGUUUGCUGAUAUUAUAGUGCCGCCUUAUGCCUCAAGCCGAAAUCCGUGCCAACUUCUCCACAUGUAUCUUUGCCAAAAAUCAUUUCAUUAUAAAGGAGAGAAGCACUACACGGUGGCUGACUAUAGAUAUUGUAUAUCUUAGAAAGGAUGACAUAAAUGGAACUGAAGAGUGACAGAUAAAAAUAAUAUCUUUAUUUACAUCUUACCUAGACAAGUGCAUACCUUAGAGAAUUAUUUUUUGAUGCAGAUGUCCACUUCAGUGCUUGGUACAAGAGAGAACAAAAAGGAUCAGAAAAAAAAGAAACCUUAUUCCUCUGAUAGAACUUCUUUGAAAUUUUUCUCAAGUUAUUAUUAGUCACAGAAAAUUAUGGAAAAUGCAAUUUUCAAAAAGCUGUAUCUUUUGAGUGGAUACUAUUUUUCAUAUACUAUCAUUAGAUACCCCAUAAUUAUAAAACCAAAAACUGGCACCAAAUUUGUGACGUAUUCCCCAACAAAACUAUCAAGAUCUGACAAUAACUAAGAGGACAAGUUUGAAUUUCUUGUUGUUUAGUCACUACAGAUAAACAGAGAAAGAGAUUACCUCCAAAACAAGGCGAAUCAUGGCUGAUUAGCUUUCUCGGCCUUUAUCCUCUCAUUGUUAAGGAACAUGCCACUAGUUUUUGUUCAGAUUUCAUGGUCAUGCUAGCUCAAAUGAGAAGUUCAAUUUUUUCGACUGUUGAUUUAAGAAACACCUGCUCCAUUCAUAGAUUUGAAGGUUUUUUAAGUUUAUGAACCAAUCAUUUUAUUCUUUGGUCUUAUGUAGAAAGCAGAGGUAAGGUGUAACAGUUAAUAAAGAGAAAAUGCAGAGA